ACGCGUUACCAUGGCAACAUCAAACUUACAGCAGAACGGAACGUAAACUUUAGCGUUACGUUGCUCGAGAUAAAAGUGUUUUUUAUAAAAAUAAAUGUUGGUUAAAUAGUUGUUAAACCCAUUUGUUUGUUAUGAUGUUUGUAUAGUGAUAAGUAGAAAAGUAAGCAGAAGCUCGCUGACGUGUAGAAUAAAGUAAUAUUUGUUGAUUUGUGUUGUUUUUUAAGUUAUUGCAGAAGAGUAUGAGUGAGAGUAAUCUGAUAAAAACACACAGUCGCUUUUAUCUGUCAGUAAAUCCUGCAGCUGAUGGACGGAAAAUGCGCAGCAUCAUCGCAGAAGAUCCUGAAUGGAGUUUAGCUGAAGUUCCCGCGUUAACAAAACUCUGUCUUCAGUGUAUAGUGAAGAACUUUACAGAGAAGCCCAUUCUGGAUGAACUCCAGCCCAGUCAUAAGUCGUAUGUUUUGGAGCGACUGUCUCCCUCUCUUCCUCUGACUGUCACUGCAAACCUCAUCAGUGAUGAGAGCUACUGGCGACGAUGCACGGAGGCUCGCUGGGGUCCGUCUGACGUCACCGCGUACGGGAACAGUUGGAAACGCAUGUUCUUUGAGCGUCACCUAGAAGGCAUCAUUGAAGUUUUCAUUCCAGAUGUAACAGACACUAGGACGGUCCUGGAGUUGGUGCCACUGUGUCGAAACUACGUGAAGCGCCUGAAAAUUUCUCAGUUGCUUCCACCCAUCAAAGAGCCACCCAGGUUUGACGAGGACGACGACUCGGAUUGCGUCAGUGACGCUGGAAGUGAUGGACCCUCCAUGGAUCACUUUGAUUUCCAAAUACUUCUUGAUAAACUGGUGAACCUUGAAGAACUUCAUCUGGUGUACGGGGUGAAAGGUUGUGGCAUGAACUUUGAGUGGAACCUGUUUGAGUUCACCUUCAGAGACUGUGAAUUUCUAGCAAAAGCCUUGAAGUCCUGCAAGACCUUACAGGUCUUCACUUUGCAUCACAGUAAAGUGGAUGAUGAGAAAUGCUGCAUCCUCGUUAGCCACCUGCUGGAUCACCCGUCACUGCUGGAGCUCGAUCUGUCACAUAAUCACAUCGGUGACCGUGGAGCCAAAGCCGUCAGCAAACUUCUGAACGGCAGUAAGCUGAAGAAGCUGAACUUAUACAACAACCGUAUCAGAGGUCCAGGAGCUCAGGCGCUGGCUAAGGCUCUGUCCAGAAACACCACGCUGACGUCCCUCAUCCUGAGACUCAACCGGAUCGGCGAUGAAGGAGGUCAAGCUUUAGGUCAGGCUCUGAUGAAGAACAAGACCUUGGUGAACCUUCACUUGGGGGCAAACAAGAUGACAGAGCCCUCGGCCAUGGCGCUGUCUCGUGCCCUGGUGGACAACUCCACCCUGAAGAUCUUAAACCUUUCUAAUAACAAACUGGGAGCGGAUGGUGGUAAAGUUUUGUUGGAGGGGAUCUCUCACAACCGCAGUCUGGUGGAUUGUGACCUUCGGCUGACUGAUGUGGAUCAAGAGAGCGAGUUGUGCAUCACUCAGACCCUACGAACCAAUCAGAGCCUGACCGGACGUAAACCUCACCACAGUCCCAAUAAUGAAGUGUAAAGCACUCAACAUUCAUACAACACAAAUAAAUACACACACACCAAACAACUGUGAA